AUGGCCACUUCCAAGGCUGCAGAGCCGCUCGACGUGCUCCAGCAGAUGUUUAAUGAGGUCCUCAUCCAAACCGGCAAGGCCCUGAGAGCCGCCAGCAGUGACAGCAAGGGCAACAUUGGUCCGGCUACGGCGCCCAUUAACACCAGGAUUCCCGCCUCCAUCGAGACAUUCAAUACAGCCCUCGACGAGCUAGAGAGCGAAAUACUAAAAACCAAGUCUGUGCUAUUGCGCGAUCUCAACCAGCUGAGGGCAAGUCGGAGGCUACCUCCCCCCCCGCCCCCGCCCGAGCUGAAGCCGGUUGCGCCUCCAGCUCCCAUGGUCGUCGAUUUAGAGUCUCCGGCCAUAUCCCUGAUUUCGGCUCCAGGCAUCCCUGGCUCUGGUCGGCUAACAAAGCAGAACAACAAGCCCGUCGCUCCUUUCCCGAACAUGGGGUUUGACCUGGGCGCGAGUCCUGACGUUGCGGCUACUCUCAGCCCAAAGACAGUCCCCAAGAGCAAUCCCAAGAAUUCGCCUCGCCCGGCGCACACAACCGCCACCGCUGGCAGGCUAGGCGGUGCGCGGAAAGAGGCUAAGGCCCCCUCCGCUCAGCCUCCCAGGCCCGGCGCCGUACCACAAUCUCAGGCCCCCCAGCCCUCUCCAACUUUCCAUGCCAAAUCAGUGCAGGCUGUUGGGCCAAAUCUUUCAGUGUCGACCGGAGUGCGGGAGAAUGGGGCCGCAGCGGCAGCGACUCAAGCAGCAUCACAAGCACAGGCACAAGCGCAAGCGCCAGCGGCGGCAGCAUCAGUGGCCGCCACGACCCAACCGGGACCCGAGAGCAUUUUUACCAACAUGAACUUCUCUCUAGCACCUCCAAGCGAAACACGGGGCUUAAAUCAGGGCCGCCAGCCCCCGCAGCCGCCACCACCGCCGCAGCAGCAGCAGCAGCAGCAGAAUCCAGAUGUGGCCAUGAUGGGUCUUAGAGUAGGGGGGGCGUCAAUCUUUGGGCAAGUCAAUGACUUUGGUGGCGCUGGCAAUGGCAACGGGAAUGGGGCUUCUGCGACAGAUGUCUCGCAUGGGCAGCAGCAAGCGAACAGCAAUCCAGGCGGCCGGGGCGCUGGCGCUGGCGAAGACAGCAUGAUGACCAACGUCGACGCCAAGAUCGACGGUCUCUUCGACCUUGGCUCGGCCGGCAUGGACAUGGAGAUGAACUACGACCUCGACGGGGACGGCGGCGACAACAGCAACUUCAACGACCUCUAUUUCAACGGGACCGACGACAACAUGGGGUCAGGCGAGUUUGACAAUGCGUAUUUUCACCUCUAG